AUGGAUCCUUCACUGUUGAAUCGGUCCUGGACACAUGAGCAAGGGUUUCAACUCUCCACCAACCCAAAUCAAAUCCCUCUUUCCGACCUCAAUGACUUCUUUUCCGAUAUGCCGUGGGCAAACCCCUUGCCAGAGGCGGCACUGAGAAACCUAAUCCGCCAAUCGCUGUGCUUCGCAUUAUACGACGUCCACAACGCAGACCACAAGCUCGUUGGAAUUGCACGGUGGAUCAGCGAUUUUGUGUCGGUGGCAUACCUAACAGAUGUUUAUCUCCUACCAGCUUAUCGGUCGCAGGGUUUGGGGAAAUGGAUGAUGAGCUGUAUUGACGAGACUUUUCACUCAAUGGAGCAUCUUCGUGGUAUGAUCUUGAUUGUCGACCGUGGUGGCGGCGAGGAGAUACUUUACAGGAAGUACCUCGGCAUGGACGACUUGCAAAGUCCCGCAAUCUUACUGGAUCGGAAAGGCCGUGGAUCUGCUAGAUAG